CGGGUGGACUAGAAUACUGUACCUCUCUUCGGAGUUUGAAAAUAGCAGCUUGCCCCAAGGUACCAUCCGUUUUAAUCGGAAGUCUGAGUGCAUCCCUCAAAUACUUGUGUGUAAGUAAUGUAGACGCUCUUCCAAUUUCACGAGGAGGCUUCACAUCACUCCGUGAAUUGAAAAUCCUAUAUUGCGAAAGUUCCCAAAUUGGGCCAGAAUUUAGUGCCUUUCUUCAAAACCUUGUCUCGCUUCAAACAUUGACGAUUAUGUGUUGCGAAAAUCUAGAGAGUAUUCCAAGUUCAGACAAGCUCACAUCCCUCCGCAGUUUGGUGAUUAUGCGGUGUUAUAAAUUAACAAGUCUGCCAAAGGGGUUAGCAGCAUCGUCACAGCCCUGCAGCCUCACCCAUUUGAAGGAAUUGAGAAUUGGUGGUUUCUGCGAGGAGCUCGAUGCAUUCCCAGCUUUUCAGGCAAUACCACAACUUGAAACAUUAGAACUGGAAGGGUGGAAUAAGCUCAAGUCUCUCCCUGAACAAACUCAACACUUGCCUUCUUUAAGACAUUUGGAGAUAGAAUCCUUUAACGGAGUGGAUGCAAUUCCAGAGUGGUUGGGAAACCUUGCGUCUCUCGAGGACCUGUCUGUUUGGGGUUGCGAGAGUCUAAAGUAUCUGCCUUCUGUGGAAGCAAUGCAACGCCUCACCAAAUUGAAAGAGAUAAAGAUCUCCUUCUGUCCCCUUCUAGAAGAAAGAUGCACGGAGGAGACUGGCCCUGAGUGGCCUAAGAUUCGUCAUCUUCCAUUCAUCACGAUUGAUGAUAAAACUAUCAAGAAUUGACCAACGCAGAGUACAAGUAAUUCCUAAUUGCUGAAAGUGCUCACAUUGAGGCAAUCAAGGGGUAUCUAAUUUGUGUUUGGCAAACAAUUUCUCGAGGUUCUUACUAAAUUUGAGAAGUUACUUGUUGUGCAAUUAGAGUCCUGAAAUCGUUGUUACCGUGGAAUCUGUUGCAUGGAAAAUCUCUCAACAGAUUGCAGUGUACA